CGUUUUCAUGUGGCAGUGUUCCCCAUAAAUAAAAGCAAUUAGCAUGAGGUUGUGAGUGUUUGAAUGCAUACACUCAUGAAGGUGCGGAAUCCGUAUAGUUCUUUUACUUCAAGGUUAAGUCACCGUACUUGUAGGAAUGUCGUCGUUUAAUGCUGGUCCUGCGGCGUCUGGCGUUGCACCUGUGGAGCUCACUGCGAGCAAAAUUCGCGAGUUGAUGGCAAAUGCGCAGAGAACAAUCGCUCAGCGCAAAGUAGAACUUGGUCUGGCCGAAAACGGUGCAGCCAAUGGGUUGAAUUUUCCAUCAGGUGUGAUUCCUGAUACAGAAACUAUUGACAAAAUGAGAAGAGCGGCCCAGCUGCAAGCUCAGAUAGCAGCCCGUCUGAAUACCGGGAUCCUCAGUAGUCAAACAGUCAACAAUGAAACCAGGAAGUCGAAGGACAUUCCCAAUGUAAUUUUUGACGAGGAAGGUAAAACUAUCGAUGCAGCUACAGGAGAAGAGAUACAGCUAACUCAUUAUACACCUACUCUUAAAGCCAACCUUAGAGCGAAGCGAGCUCAGCAGUUCAAAGAAGUUCUUCAAACUACGGCCGAAAAAAAACCGCGGAAAUCAUCAGUGUCAACAGCGUAUUUUGAUCCUCGACUUAGGGUUAAAGCUGCUGCGCGACCUAAGCGAGCACUUAAUUUUCACGAACCAGGAAAAUUUGUCAAGAUGGCACAACGAAUGCGCACUAAGCACCAACUAGAGCUUUUGCAGGAAUCUGUAGCUCAUGCCGUCAGAAAGACAGGUAUAGCCAGUGCGGCCAAGCUGUCAACUAUUCAACCGAAGCAUUCGGUCGAUGAGACUGACCUUCCUGCAUUGGAAUGGUGGGAUGCCUAUAUUUUAAAGGAAGGUGUGACCAGUUAUUCAACUUUGGAUGAGCUUGCGAUACAUGGGCUUCCUGUUUCUGCCGCCAUAAAUAAAUCAUGGAUAACAAGUCUAGUUGAACAUCCGGUAAAACUGAAGCCCCCAACUGAUCUGUCUAAGCCACCAGAAAUACCUCUGCUCCUAACGAAAAAAGAGCGUAAGAAGUUGAGGCGUCAAAACCGCCAGGAGGCUCAAAGGGAAAGACAAGAAAAAGUCAGACUUGGAUUAAUGCCACCUCCCGAACCGAAGGUUCGCCUGGCAAACUUAAUGAGGGUUCUGGGUUCAGAUGCUGUUCAAGACCCAAGUAAGGUUGAGGCGUAUGUACGAGCGCAGAUGGAAUCUCGCAAACGUGCACACGAAGCUGCUAACGCUGCUCGGAAACUGACAAAAGAGCAAGCCCGUUAUAAACGCAUAAAGAAAAUCCGGGAAGACACUAGUCAUGUAGUUCACGUAGCGGUUUAUAGGGUGAAAGAUUUUUCUAAUCCAUCUCAUCGAUUCAAGGUGGAAACUAACGCUAACCAGUUGCUCAUGUCGGGACUUGUCGCACUACAUAGCGAUUGCAAUGUAGUAGUUGUGGAAGGUGGUCCUAAACAACAACGCAAAUUUCAGCGUCUCAUGCUUCAUCGAAUAAAGUGGCGUGAAAGUAAACGGGGAGUAAUUGCCACAACGUCUGAGUCAGAUAGUGAUCCUGGUUGUCGUUUGAUUUGGAAGUUUGUUAACUCUUCGUUUCCUAUUUUUAGCUCACUAUAGUUAAAGGUCAUGUGAUUUAAAAGGAGUUUUUAUAUCGAAAUAAUGUCAGCUUUAGGUUCACUAAAAUCAAAACAACAAUUCGAUCCUGUAUGUAAAUUGUUCUUUUUUGUAACAAUUUAUUUCAUAACUAGAAUACUCAACCUCUUUCAGAUACAUUAUUUCUGUCACUCCAUUUGAUAUGAUAAUCAGACCUAAGUGGGUUGAGCCCAUUGCCAAAUAAUGACUAGCAUUGAGCUAUUAUUCGAAAUUUAAACAGUGUUUCAGCUACUGUCAUUUCUCAGAUGGAAAACUGAAGAUUGGAUGCUUUUUAUGUAUAAGUUAAUUCUUAUGGCAAAGGGGAUUAUGUUUACUCCGUUUAAAAAUAAACAUUUUAUGUGGGUAUAGAAAGACGACAUGCAUUUCUUGUUGAUUCAUGGACUAACACGAAGAAUCAGUUUCGAACUACUGGUGUAACGACAGAAGACUGUUUAUUGAGAAAAUCAAGAGAUAUUUAUAGAUUUUUAUGUACAUAAUUGUCAGUGGAGAAGCAACGUCUUCUGAUUAGUUUUUCUCUUGCUGAAGGUUAUUCUGUACUGCUUGUGGCCGUUUCUCAGAAAGUUAAGCCACAUAUUUGCGGGUCCUAUUUGCACACAUUAAGUCUGCUGUGAUUGGUUGGUCAGUUCCUCAGGGUUAAGCUUUGUUGUCGUUGUUCUCAUGACCCUGAUUCCGGACGUAAAGUGAUGUUUAAAAUGUUGGCUUGUUCGCAGCCAGUUCUCACCACACUCGGAGAUAUAUAUGUAAUUCAAAACAUGAAAUGUUUGAGUUUUAUUUGUAAUUUCAUUUGAUUAUCGCAGUCGUGUUUACUUGUAAUAACGUUCUACUGGUGUGUUAAAGUGGUUAGAUUUUCCCAGGGAUAAUUAACAUUUACAGCUAUAUUUGUUUUGUGUUAUUCUAUGGAGUUGUGAAGCAGAUUUCGUUACUGACUCUCACCUAUCAAAACACCACAAAGUGGGGGGGGGGGAGAGGACCUCGAUAACUGUGUCCUUCUAGUUAAGCGCUUAGCAUUUCAAACUUACCAUCCUGGAAUCUUCACUUUGUGAGGUGGGCAUAUUUUUUAUUCUUCCACUUGACUAAAGUUCAGUAGUCUAUCAUGAGUCCCAAAAUAAGAUGAAACAUCUGUCAGAUGCUGCUUGACUUGCAAUACUUUAACUGAUGUCGAUGUAAGACUAUCCAACUAUAUAUAUAGUUCUUAUUUGAUCAUAUGCUAAUAACUUAUUUGCGUGUUAUUUUUCAGGGUACGGUCAAACAGCGUGCAUUUGACAAGAUACAAUUCAAAGCAUGUCCUACAGAACUGUAUGCACGUGAACAAUUUCGCAAGCGUGAUGUGGAACACUACUGGGAUCUAGCGUAUAGUGGCGCUGUUUUAGAAACUCUCGACGUAUAAAAUCUUUCAAGCCUUUUUUAGUGUGUUAAAAAAUAACUUAAUAAAUUUAUAUUUCAGAUGUAAAUACAAGUGUAUAUCUUUUUCAGAGUUUUAUUGAAUCACUAUAUUAAACAACAUAAUAUUGUACAAAAUGUUUUGUUUUUUCAAUAGGUAUCAAUAUGCUUUUAAAACGAGUAAGGUGUUCAGUGUUACAGUUAGAGGCCGAUUACCUUUUGUUAUGUUUCAGUUGUUCUUCCUGUUAUUUUGUUUACUAAUGUUAGAUCUCUGUACCCUUUUUCUAAUUUCUAGUUUAUUGAGAUGUCAAUUUUUCAACUGUUUGAUUUCAGCUUUUUUUGUGUGUUUACGCACAUCUUGGCUCACGAAGUUUUGUACUGUAUCAGUUUGGCUUAAGUCAGUGAGACUUGGAGUUUCCGGAAACAUUGAUCUGUGGAGAGUUCACAUGCAUGAAUUGAGUAUGAAAGCGAGUGUGACACUUAAACAAAAUUCUUGGUUGUGUGCACUUAGUUAUUUCAGAGUUAGUGUGAAAUACUGUAUGUGUAUAGGUUAUAUCUUUAAUGAUAUGCGGUCUGUCUUUCAUAGUAAUCGCAUAACAUCUCAGUUUAUUUAUACGCUAUUGGAACAUGUACCUGUGUAUGCAAGAAGCCGUAUUUUCUGUAUAAAUAAGUACCUCACUCCAACGUGUCAUUUGAAUCGUGUUCAUUUUUAAACUACCGGUGCGAAAAAGAGAACGCCACAUUUUGUAAUGAAUUAAUUCUUUAAUAUACUUGACUUUUGUCCAGCAGCUCACGGUCUCAGAUGGCGCUGUGCCUAUCGUUUCUAAAGUAGUCAUGUGUUAUCAUCAGUCCUCACAUAAUAAAU